GUAUAAAUAUUUAUGCUCGUAAUUUAUGUAGAUUAUACAUUAAUACCUAUAUUAUUAGAUACAUCGUGAUUAUAAUUUAUAAUAUUGACAUAUUUCAUGAACUACUGUACUACAACCAGUUCUAUGCUACAACUGUAUAUAGGUAUUUGAAGUCUUGCAUCGGUCGACGACGAUUCAGAUUUCAGAAUAUACAAUUUGGUGUUAUUCAAAAGUAACAAUAGAUUUUCCGUCUACUUUUGAAUGAGUAGACACACCAUUUUUAAAUAAUCAGGCGUCUUCAUAUCAUUUUUGAUCCUGUUCUGUCAUAUGUUGAUUGCGGUCCACAAUUAGUCAAUUAGUCAUAAUGGUACCUCGCGUGACUCUGCUGGACGCUCAUGUACUCGAUGAUCACAUUUCCAAAAUAUUCAUAGGCCAGACUUUAAAGGUUUUUAAGUACUUACCGUCAUGGAUUUUAAACAAUUGCGAGUUGGAAAUAAAUGUGAUAUUACAAUUCUUAAUGACAUAUUAUUCUGUGACAAAAUCAAAAGCAACAUUUGGUCAACAAAUGCUUGGAAUUAGAUUCAAACCAGACCAGCUGACUGAUACAAAGUUAGUUCUGUUUCAACUGUUUACGAUAGGAGCAGAGUAUAUACAAUCAAAAGUAGAAAGUCCUUCAAACAAUUUUAUAAACAAUAUUUCUAACCUACAAUUAAUUGUUGAUGUUUUGAAAGCGGGUUCUUUCUUGAAUUUUCUGCUCUUCCUGCAACAAGGCAAGUACCCGACAUUAACUCAAAGGUUUUUAAGUCUUUCACAAGAGUCAACCCGCAAACGAAAUAUUGAAUACACUUAUAUGACAAGAGAACUGCUGUGGCAUGGUUUUUCUGAGCUGUUGUUAUUCACAUUGCCUCUGAUCAAUUAUCAGUCUUUAAAACAUAAAAUAUCCAGAGUAAUGCAUUUUGCACCACGCAAAGAAGAUUUCAAAGAAAGACAACCGCUCAUGUUUCCUGUGUCAGUGUGUAGUAUUUGUCAAGAGAGACCUGUGUUACCACAUCACCUUAAAUGCUCUCAUGUGUUUUGUUACUACUGUAUAAGUUCAAAGAGAAUGGUUGAUGAAAAAUUUGAAUGCCCCGAGUGUCAUCAUUUCGAACCUAAUGUAAUACCUGUGAUAUUGAUCAAUAAAGUUAAUAUAAGCUCAUAAUAAUUUAUCAUGAGCUCCUGAAGUUGGAAUUUUGACAAAAUUCAUCAAAAUCAUGAAAAUUUGCAUGAAUAUUAUACCAGAAAAAUAAGAUAAUACCUGGUUUAUACUGGUUCCAUUAACGGAAUUAUGUAAUUUACUACUAAUGUGACCGAUUGUUAGAAUUUACAAACAGAUCAAUAAUUGUAUGUUGAAUCAUAGUGUUGAGUACUGAUAGUUCAGAUAAUCAUACUCAUAUUUUCCAUAGGUAAUUAAUAUGACAACAUGUAUAUGUCUCACAAUAACACAUUUUGUACCUAAAUAAUAUUUACGUAAAAUAAUACACCAGGACCAUGUACCUUUGAUAAUAAACAACAUUAAUAUUCUGAGU